UAUGUGUAGCGGAGGGUGGGGAUGAGUCGCGGAGAUUCAAAUUAAUCGCGAUGGAGCGUUUCACGGGUUCGCAGCGUGCGUUUUGUGUAAAAAAUUACUACAGAAAUGAUGGAUCGUGCAUUGUUGUUCGUCGCUUAUUUCGGUCUGAAUACGGUUUGCAAGAUCUUAAUCAGUGUCCCAGUGCAAGUGUAAUUAAGUCUUGGGUUAAAAACUUUGAAUCUACUGGUUCGACUUUUGACCAGAAACCUGCAGGUCGUCCAACUCCUAUAAGAAAAGAAGAAACAAUUAACAGAAGUUCUAAAACUUCAGUCCAACGGAAUCCUGGACGGUCAAGUCACAAGCGGUCAGCUGAACUUGCUGUACCUAGGACGUCUUUGCGUCGUAUUAAGACGAAAGAUCUAAGUGCGGCGUCAGCUUCUGCAAAAAAGGGAAAUGAUAAACAAUGCAAUUAAUUAUUGACUCGGAGCCUGGUCUAGCCAUAGAAAAAGAUAUGUCUGCGAUCGGCGAUAUUGAGAAAGUUGGCAAUGGCAAUAUCGAACAACUUAGUGGGAAUAACUGCAACGGAAACAAAGAAAACAUUAAAGUUGUUAACCUAAUUACAAAUGACAAACAAAGUAUUGAUGUGGAUGCUGGACCCGAGACACAGAGUGAAAUAAAACCAGUGAAUCCUGAACCGAAGAUAUGUAAAGUAAAAACUGAAGGAACUAAUGACUCUGUCGUAAAUGGCGAAGUAACAAAAGAAUCUCAAAGCAACAGCUGUAACGGAAAAAGUGUGAGCACCCCUGUCAGUGCAAAGGAACCGAUAGUAAUAAAACAGGAGGUAAUUGACAGUAAAAGUAAUAGUAAUGUGAACAAUAAGGACCAAAAUAAAGAUUCUGCUGCAGAAACUUCUUCAAACAAGGGUAUAGCAUCUGUUGAUCAUACUGCAGCAGUCUGUAAAGUUGAAGUAGUAACUGAUGAGGUUGAUGCUGCAACACAUAAUGUUGGACCAGUAUCCGAUACUGAUAAGAUUGUAUCACCAAUUACUAAGGUUGAAAUGACAACAGAUGAUGUUGAAGCAGUAUGUGUUAAGAUUGAAGGAAAUACUGAUGACACAGCCGAUUUAAGUAAACCAGCAUCUGAUUCUGUAACAGCUGCAGUUGUAAAAGUGGAAGUAGCAAUGCCUAGUCCUAAAGAUGAUGUACAAGUCAUUGAAGACCCAGUGGAAAUAAAGGAAGAUCCCGACGUUGUAUUGUCUGAAGAAUCAGAACAUACCAAAAAAGUGGAUUUGACAGAAAAUGACAAAAAAGAUGAUAAUAGUCCAGUGACGGUGGAAAUAACUGAUACUGAACCUGUUGCAUUAAGCAAUGAAGCACCAAUUGAGUUAAAAGAUGACAUGGAUGUAGAAGUUAUUGAAGAACCAAAAACAUGUGAACAAAGUUCUGUAAAACAAAGUAAAGAUACAUCUAGUACCCCUAGCAAUAUUGUAGAACAACCUGUUGUAUGUAAGUUAUCUAAUACACUAGAUAUAUUGUCUGAUGAUGAUGAGGAGCCUGCAAAAAAAGAACCUGCCAAGGUUCAAGAGAAAGAUGAUAAACAAUGCAUUAAUAUAGAGGAUGACGAUGACAUCAUGCUCAUUGAUGAAGACACAAGUAAGACUGAAACACCUCCAACUGUAAAUAAUAGUGUUAAGGAGGGUACCUCUGACAAAGCUGAUGGUAAAACUGAUUCCGAAACUGGCGAAAAACCUCUUGGAGAAAGUGACUUAUUUGCAAACAAAGAAUCACAAGAUUUAAAACCUGCGGAACAAGUAAACUCCACAACUUUUGAAAUUGACAUCAGUGAAAAGCAAGAAAUAGAAAAGAUCCAGGAAAUUGAACCAGAACUACCCCUUAUACCUGACAAUUUUCUAAAAUCAGCCAAAAAGAAUAUUGCUGACAUGACAAGGGAAGAUUUGGAAGAAUUCUGUAUAUUGAAAAUAGUAGAAAGUAUAGUGGACAGAAGUAGCCUAAGUGAUAUUAAACAAAAACUAAAAACUGUUGCUCAAGGCGUUGAAGAGUACAGGAAAAAGGUCACUAUGCUCACAAAGCAAAAUCUAGAUCUUCAAGUGGUUUUAAAAUCAAUUCAGGAGGAACAGAAAAAGGUGAAACCAGACGCACCUAUUACUCCUCUCAAAAUAACUCGGUCUGUGGGCAUGCAAGUGUAUAUGGAAAAGACAACACCGAGAAGGAAAGCUAUUACACAGCCCCAACAGAGUCAAAGUCCCAGUAAUCCCACACAAGUCGCGAGCCGACAAUCUGGGAAGGUAAUGACAGCAAACACAAGUAGUCCUAGGCCUCAGAAACCACUGCCUAGUAACCAGAAUAUACCUGUACCUAGGCUAGUGCCAGCCAACAGCCCGGCUAUAAAAUCUCCAAGUUCUAUACCUCUAGUCGUCAAUCAAACAACUCCAGGGAAAACUGGCACUCCCAUGCCAAAUGGAGUGAAGAAUCCCUCACCACUAAAACCUGGUGAAAAAAGACAACACAGCAGAGUUAUGUCUGUGACAGUGGACUUAACUGACGAUGAGCCACCAGCAAAAGUGAACAAUCGCACAUCACCAGCACCUCCAGUUAGAGUAGUUCCAUCUCAGAAUCUGAUGCCUGCUUCAAGACAAUCAUAUCCAGUAGGUGUAAAUAAUAGUCCAAGGAAGGUUUACAUUCCUAUUAGUGGGCAGCAGAAUCAGAAUAUUAGACCUGGACAGACAAUUAUGCUAAAAGCUGUUGGAUCACCAGGUUUAAGGCCUAAGGGUCCUACUCCUCCAGUUGCAAGAGUACAAAGUAGUUCGAUUAGAAUGACCAGCAAUGUAAGGCCACAAUCGUCAGGCAGACAUCCAGCUCCUCUACCUGACGCAAUGAAGCAGUACCAGCCACCAAACUGGAAAGCAUUACCACCAGCACCAGAAAUCAAAUUGUCUAAAGUGGAGAAUGGAAUAGUCAUAUCUUGGAAAAUUGAAAGUUACCAAGAAGACUGUCAUGAGGAGAUAGCAAGCUACCAAUUGUAUGCAUACCAAGAAACGUCUUGUCCCCCAAGUACAACAUUAUGGAAGAAGAUCGGAGAUGUCAAAGCAUUGCCUCUACCUAUGGCAUGUACUUUGACUCAAUUCAUGGCUGGAUUCAAGUACUACUUUGCAGUAAGAGCAGUAGAUAUCAGGUCCCGACUAGGGCCCUUCAGUUUACCCGGGAGCAUACUCCUACUGAAUAAAUUGUAAGACUGAUGUUGUGAAUGGACCAUGCUGAAACCUGCAAUGUCAUACAUUGUAGAGUGCUUACAUGCGAGUGUAAUUGAUAGUGUUGUGUUUGUUUUAGUUAAUUAUUUAUUAUUAUAAUUUGUGGCAAUUGUUUAAAACUUUUUGAAAAAGAACUUUUUUCUGUGAACUGCUCAUCUAGUGCUAUUCUUGUUAUGAUUUCGGAGUACAUAUGGUAGGGUUUACAUGACAGGCAGAAAGUGGGUGGCUACUGUCCACCUUUAUUUAUCUGUGAUGUAACACUUAUGAUUUUUCCAUAUUCCUCUUCUUUGCAAUUGAUUACACUGAGUCUGUUAUAUAUGUUUUUGUUGUAUAGUUAGUGUAUGAGAAAUCUCGAUGAUGACUGAUUGAUUGAUCUUUUGAACAAUUAAAAAAAAGUAGAAUGUAGCAUGCGAGUUGAUAAAAUUGUAAAGGUGUAACUUAAAAUUUGCCAGUACUAUCUACAGGUAUAUUCCGAAGUAGGUAUGUAUUUUAUUAAAUUGUAAUUCGUAAUCUAGGUACAUUACUGCCUGUAUAGAAUGUGGAUAUUUCGGAUUCCUACUUGUGAUUACAGAUUUAAAAUCUA